UUUUAUCUGCGAAUUUCGCGCAUGCGCACUAGCGCGACAUUCAAAUUUCAAACAUGGCGACUUGUGGAAAAAACUAACACUGUUUGUCGAAGGUGUAACAUUGAAUUUUUAAGCAGAUAAAAUUGAAUAAAAAAUUCUAAAUAUGACAGACAGUGUGAAGCGAGCUCUUGGAAUCGACCAGGUAGACCUUAAUGGUAAAUUAAUAAUGAUAGACGAGCGCCAUGGUACUGAUGCUAAUUUUAUAAUAAACACAGUACUGUCUAAAUCUCUGGAAGAAGGUCGUGCAAUUUGUCUGGUACUGUUUCACAAUACCUUCGGACAUUAUCACAACAUCGGUAUGAAACUUGGAUAUAAUUUAACUGUUUUGCGGGAACGUGGUGAAGUAACGGUUGUUGAACCGAUGAAAUCAAUUGUGUGUAAUAUCGAGGAACUGGGUCACGAUUCUGUGGAUCCAAGUACAUCAGAAUUGGAAGAGAGAUUGCGUGAUACAUUUAUCAACAACACACAAAUUCCCGAUCCAUUGAAAUUGGACGAUAAUGUUAUCCAGCAUUUAUUCACGUCAUUGCGACACCAGUAUUAUGAAACUAAAAAAAUACGCGAAUCUGUGACGAUAAUUAUUGACGAGAUAACGCAUUUAUUUGACUUAAAUUUGAGCUUGAAAGAAGUCUGGUUGUACACUAAAUACUUGAGGUCACUAAUGGAAUCGGAACCUACGCUCGCGCUCUGUGUUAUGGGUCACUCGUAUCAAACUGACGCUGAUAAUUGCUAUCCAAAUAUUAUUGUACAAGUUAUAAGACGGAUGUCGCAUUUAUUUGUUAUUACUGAACCUUUAAAAACUGGAUACGCUAAUGAUAUCUCGGGAAACAUGCACGUACAGUGGAGGGUUGCUGCCAUCAGAAAACAACACCAUUGGUCUGAGCGUACAACUUAUCAGUACAAAUUAUUAGAUCGUCAGAUAAAAUUAUUUACACCUGGUGGACUUGCUAUUUCAUCUUAAAUUUGUAAUUAUUUUUUUGGAUAUAUGAUUGUCAAAAAAAAAUAUUUUUGAUAAAAAAAAAAA